AUGUGGCUAGUUAUUUAUAAAAUAAAACUUCCAGGACCUGCUAUUUUGGGAGAGGGAAAGCCUGAAAAUCAGAAUCAUGCCAUAAUUUUCACACGUGGAGAAGGUUUGCAAACAAUAGAUAUGAAUCAGGACAAUUACAUGGAAGAAGCAUUGAAGAUGAGGAACUUGCUUCAAGAAUUUCUUAAGAAGCAUGAUGGGGUGCGGUACCCUACAAUUCUUGGAUUGAGGGAGCACAUAUUUACUGGAAGUGUGUCAUCUCUUGCAUGGUUUAUGUCAAACCAAGAGACAAGCUUUGUGACUAUUGGUCAGAGAUUGUUGGCGGACCCUUUGAAGGUCCGGUUUCAUUAUGGUCAUCCCGAUGUUUUUGAUAGGCUCUUUCAUCUUACUAGAGGAGGUGUUAGCAAAGCAUCUAAGACUAUCAACUUGAGUGAGGAUAUAUUUGCCGGCUUCAAUUCGACACUUCGUGAAGGAAAUGUCACCCAUCAUGAGUACAUACAAGUUGGGAAAGGAAGAGACGUCGGUCUAAACCAGAUCUCUCAGUUUGAGGCAAAAAUUGCUAAUGGCAAUGGAGAGCAAACAUUGAGUCGUGACAUAUAUAGGCUUGGUCACCGUUUUGAUUUUUUCAGAAUGUUGUCAUGUUACUUUACCACUGUUGGAAACUACUUCAGUACGUUGAUUACAGUUCUCACGGUGUAUGUAUUCCUUUAUGGCCGCCUUUAUCUUGUUCUUAGUGGACUUGAGGAGGGGCUUUCCACACAACGAGCUAUUAGAGAUAACAAUCCUCUCCAAGUGGCACUUGCUUCUCAAUCUUUUGUGCAGAUUGGCUUUUUAAUGGCCUUGCCAAUGUUAAUGGAGAUUGGCUUGGAAAGGGGCUUCCGAACUGCAUUAACUGCAACUAGCUCCUGUAUUUUUCACAUUUUCACUUGGAACAAAGACCCACUAUUAUGGACGGACACUACUACAUGGGGUGCAAAAUAUAGGCCUACAGGUCGGGGCUUUGUUGUGUUUCAUGCCAAGUUUGCUGAUAACUAUCGCCUCUACUCACGUAGCCACUUUGUGAAGGGGCUCGAGCUAAUGAUUCUGCUAAUUGUCUAUCAAAUCUUUGGUUCUGACUAUAGAGGUGCACUUGCUUAUAUUCUCAUCACAAUAUCGAUGUGGUUCAUGGUGGGCACCUGGCUUUUUGCUCCUUUCCUCUUCAAUCCAUCUGGUUUUGAGUGGCAAAAGAUUGUUGAUGAUUGGACUGAUUGGAAUAAGUGGAUAAGCAACAAAGGUGGUAUUGGUGUGCUCCCAGAAAAGAGUUGGGAGUCCUGGUGGGAGCAGGAGCAAGAACAUCUGUGGCAUUCUGGAAAGCGUGGUAUUGCUGUGGAGAUAUUGUUAGCUUUACGUUUUUUCAUAUAUCAGUAUGGGCUUGUUUAUCACUUGACCAUUACCAACUCUACACAAAGUAUUUUGGUGUAUGGUGUAUCAUGGCUUGUUAUUUUUCUAAUAUUGUUUGUGAUGAAGACUGUUUCUGUUGGACGGCGAAAGUUCAGCGCCAAUUUUCAGCUCGUUUUUAGGCUAAUCAAGGGGUUGAUCUUCCUUACAUUUGUCUCCAUUCUUGUUACUCUGAUUGCCCUACCCCAUAUGACAUUGCAGGAUAUCGUAGUUUGCAUUCUUGCCUUCAUGCCAACUGGCUGGGGUUUGCUUCUGAUUGCUCAAGCAUGCAAGCCUCUUGUACAACGAGCUGGGUUCUGGGGAUCAGUUCGAACACUUGCUCGUGGAUAUGAAAUUAUAAUGGGCUUGCUUCUUUUCACCCCUGUUGCGUUUCUUGCCUGGUUUCCUUUUGUUUCAGAGUUCCAGACUCGUAUGUUGUUCAACCAAGCAUUUAGCAGAGGUCUUCAAAUUUCUCGUAUUCUUGGCGGGCAUAGGAAAGACCGCUCGUCUCGUAACAAGGAUUAA